GCUCACUGCCCCUACCGAGACGUAAUCAACAGAUGGCGUGUUCGAUCUGGUUCGACUUACGCGAACAGCGGCGGUGUCGUUCACAACUUCAACGGCCUAAUGAUCUACCCUAACUUCAACCGAAGAACUCUUGACAACGACAUCGCUAUUAUGCGCACCGCUAGCAACAUUGCCUUCAACAACGCCGCACAGCCCGCCAGAAUCGCUGGCGCCAACUACAAGCUCGGUGACAACCAAGUUGUCUGGGCUGCCGGAUGGGGUGCCAUCAGGAGUGAUGGUCCUUCAUCGGAACAGCUGCGCCACGUUCAGGUUUGGACUGUGAACCAGGCCACGUGCAGGUCUCGCUACGCCAGUAUUGGCCGUACCAUCACCGACAACAUGUUGUGCUCUGGCUGGCUCGACGUCGGCGGUCGCGACCAGUGCUAUGGUGAUUCCGGCGGUCCUCUAUACCACAACGGUGUUGUCGUUGGAGUGUGCUCCUGGGGCCACGAAUGCGCUUUGCCUCACUUCCCUGGUGUCAACGUUCGUGUCUCACGCUUCGCUAAUUGGAUCAGGAACAACGCCUAAAUUUUCAGGAAGUGCAAUGUAAAAAAUCGUCUACUGUAAAAAAGUUUAUUUUUAUAUUUUUCCGGAAAGU